AGUAGGGCGGCGGGAGCGGCAUCGCGCGCGCGACCACAGUCUCAUCUAAGCCACAGCUAUGCGAACAUCUCCCCCCUAAUAACCGAAUAUUCCACACUCGACAUUCAAACCCGCGAGCCGACGCGAAACUUUCAAAUAACGAAUCCGCGUGCAUUGAAUAUUUCCUUUUUCGUAACCGGCCAGCUUCAGUGACUGUUCGAAAUUUGAAGUGGCAGUUUCCCGCUAAACGGUAAAGUUUGAUGUGUUGGUGUCUGUAAAAGUGCGUAAAGAAUUUUCAGCGCAAACGUAUUGUUUCAAGUGUUUCCUUUUUGUGUAUCGUUUAAAACAUUCUGUUUGUGUGGUGUUGUUUGGUUGUUAUUUUAUUUGUGCCCUUUAUGAUUUGGAUUUUUUGCCGCUGGACUUGUUGGUGCAACAACAUGGGAAAGGAUUUUGCGCGCGUUCUGACAUCAGUGAAUUAGUUUUAUUUUUGGAAUAAAAAGUUAAAUUUAAUUCUCCAUAAAAACAAAGAUGCUGGGGCGUGCUCUGCAGAGUGUAUCCUCAGUGUCCCACAGUUUUGCCGCGAACUGCAUCAACUUCAGCUCGGCUGACGACAGCCGGUGCUUAGACAAGUAGACAACAAAAAAAAAACCACAACAAAAAAAAACUUAAAUAAAAUAGUAGAACAAAACUAGUCAAAGCAACACUCAAGCAUCAAUUAGAUUAACGGUUACCAAAACGCGUCGCGCGGUCAUAGAGUAGCGAGUGCACAGACACGCCACAUCUGUGGUAUGCUUUAUAUUGUAUUUUGUAUCGACUGUGCGCUGACUGGUCGCUGCGUCUCGUGGCUUCCCGGAGCGCGACUGCGGUGCUGGAUGCUACUAACUGUAUACACGUUACCACAGCUUGCCGUCUCUGCAAAGAUAUUGUGCCUCCUGAUGGUGGCGGUUUGCGGCGCGGUGCCGUCGAUGGUGCGCUCCGUGCGCCUCUACUCGCAGUGCUCGCACCUCUACGUCAGCGUCAGCGCCAACGGCUCCGUCACCGCCAGGUCCAUCGGGAACGAUCAACCGAACCUGACGAUGAGCACGCGCGGGCGCAGCCUGGAGCUGCUGCUGCACUCGCCCGCGCAGGACAUGUUCCUGUGCUUCCGCGGACCCAAGCUCGUCGGCAGGCGGAUGACGCGGACGCAAGCGGAGAAGUCCCCAAACUGCCUGUUCCGCGAGGAGUUUGUCGACGGCUACAACCAGUACCACCUGGCUCGCAACGAGAACCGCUACAUCGGGUUCAACCCUCGCGGCCUGCAGCUGCGGCGCCCGCGCGCCCGCCUGCCCGAGCGCUGGCGCAAGUGCCUCUCCUUCAUGAAGGAGGCUCACGACUUCGACAUCAACCGACACAACAACAAACUGGCGGGAGAGGGAUGGGCGCGCCCUAGGCUCCGUCUGCCGCCCAAGCCCUGCCACCCGCUGCGCCACCACAGACACCCGCGCCGGCGGAACUGCGACGGUGCGUAAUGAGUGGACAGUUAGUCAAACGCAGUAUUAUACGGUAGUAGACAUGCGAGCGGUUGGUUGAGUGUCUACUGGACUCUAGAGACGGCGACUUCGCUUGCGUCGCUUGAAUUCGCCGUAGCCGUAGCAAACGCCGUUACGUCAAUUCUCAGUGUGUUAUUAUUUAAACGCUUAACUGUUAAGUUCGAUACGUGUUAGCUGCUUGUAAAUAUAAUAAUAAUUAAUAAUGUGUUUACUAUUUAUCGAAAACGUUAAUCAGAAUUUGUAAACGUAGAUGUUAGUUGUAAAGUUGUAUUAAAAUGUUUUGUAUUUAACUAUUUGGGUAUUUAAAUAUUUAAACUAUCCGACCGACAGCUCUCUGCGUAGUUCAGUGGAUGUGUGUGGCGCAAGUCGCUCCGAUCAUGUUUCAUUUAACUUUGAACUCUGUGUACAUAUAUUUUAAGGGUUAAUUUGAGAGUGUUAGGUUGUUGCUGAAUCUCUUUUGUUUCAAGUGUAUGACUUUCAAUAAUAAUUAUUGUAAAAAAUGUGGUGCCUUCAUAAUGUAGUCACAAAUGGAUAAAGUAGAGCUUCUUACAUAAAAUUUUAUACAUGAAGGCAGCAUUUUUGAAAAUGAUGUUCUUAACUGGAGCUUACUGUGGACUCAUUAACUAAGCUGUACAUUCGUAUAUCCAGUAUACGUUUGUACAUAGCGCUCGCAUUUACUGAGUAUCAUUUACUUUGAGCAAGUACAUAAUACGCCUACUACAUAAAUAGGAAAAUAAACUAUUGUUAUUUAUAUAACGAGAUCUGUGCCAUACAGUUGUGGCGGUGUAUGAGAGGAGAGGAAGUAGUAUAUAAGUGUAUGUCUGUAUACUUUGAGUAGCCUAAAACAUUUAACAUAGGACAAAUAAAUGAAUUUAAAUUAGUGUAUCCCCAACCCAGUGUAUAUUCAAAAAUUAAUAUAUUCAAAUGAUAAAUUUUGCCUUAA